GUCACUGGCCGGAAAUGAAAACAAAUCACUGACGGAAAAAGAAAAAUGGAGGCGGCAGUGUUCAUUCUAUCACUUGUGGACUGCUGUGCACUUAUUUUCCUCUCGGUGUACUUUAUUAUCACCCUGUCUGAUCUAGAAUGUGACUACAUCAAUGCUAGAGCCUGCUGCUCCAAGCUAAACAAAUGGGUAAUUCCAGAGAUGGUUGGUCAGUGUCUCUCCACAAUGCUGAUGUUGGUCUCCACGCACUGGUUUGUCUUUCUCCUCAACCUGCCUGUAGCUGCCUGGAACAUUUAUAGGUAUGUGAAGGUUCCAAUGGGAAACAUGGGCGUGUUUGACCCCACUGAGAUCCACAACCGAGGUCAGCUCAAGUCCCACAUGAAGGAGGCCAUGAUUAAACUGGGUUACCACUUGCUCUGCUUCUUUAUUUAUUUGUAUAGCAUGAUCCUGGCUCUGAUCAACGACUGAAGCACCCAGCGAGCUGCCAGAUUCCCAACGUCCAGGCUUUGCUGUCUCCCCCUCACACCCUGCUCCCAUACUGUAUGCAUACGAUCUUUCCAAAGAGCAGUGAAAAGAAGUUUACUGUCACUGAGCUCCAAGCUGUUAUUUGUGUUGUCAGAAUGCCAGAGUUUUCAAUUUGAACCAUUUAGCACUUCAGUACCAUCAUGCAAAUAUCUCCUACAACAAGCGCUGUGUGUUAUUGUGAAGGGUAUAAGUAAUGAGGUAUCUCUUCAACCUCUAUAUGCAAUAGUGACUAAAAACAACAUCGACACAGUGGCUGUAAGAAAUAUUAUACAUUUUCAUAGUAAAGUGAGCAAGUAGGCUUCCUAGAGCAGAGGGAACCAGAAAAAGUCUGAUAUUACCAAACACUACACUGAGUAAUAUUUCUCUGUCUAUCUGAACAUAAGGUAGAGAUCUUGAGUGUGUUCUACCAAAGCCACAACAAUGCCUAUGGUGCUUCAAACCUCAAAACAAAUGAUGUCUUGUUGUGACAAGUACUGGGACCUGCUGUGGUCUUCUGCUGAAGUGUUGCCAUGCUCAGAGAUACUUUACAAUGUUUGGAACUCAUUGAAGUUGCUUUUUCAUGGUUCAAACCAUUCUCUGUGAGCUCCAGAGAUUGUUGUGGCAAAAAACCAAGAUCAGUAGAUACUUCAACAACCAUGUCUGACACCAACAAUCAUUCCACUAGGUCACAUUUUCUGGGUUUGGGAUUAGCAGUGUCUGACAACAUCACUCCAGACAUUUCUCAUCAGUCACUGCUCGGCCGACUCAGCAUGCUAAAUAUGGGGUCAGUCAGAGCUCUCUGAUUGGCCUUGCAUUCAUCAGGUUUUCUUUUUUCUCCAGUUGUGCCUUUUCUAAUUUCUCCCCCAAGUACAGUAAUCCAUUAGUGCCAUUAACUUAAUUUUAUGGCAUCUUUUUAACAAAUGUACAAAGUGUUUGACAGUAAAAGCGUUAUUGUAACUAAAUAAUUAAAAGUCAACACAAUCCAAAACAUAAACGACAAAAUGAUUUAAACAAAUGUACCUACAACUACCAUUAGUUGAGAAAAAGCCAUGAGAUACAAGUGUGUUGGACAACGCCUCACGAACAUGUUGCUCCAAAAUCUCCAUACGCAUUCUGUCGAUCUGCUCACUGUGAAGGACUUACCAAGUGAUCCACAUCAUUUUCAUCCUCUUCUUUAAUCUGGGUAUGCACAUUAACAAUCACCUGCUGUGGACGUAGUUAUUUUGGUCUGUCUAGUCCAAUCAUCCAUUUUUUUUUUUUCAAAGUAUCACAAGUUUUCAAAAUGAAAUGAGGUUUAUGAUGGUGUUGAAGUGUAGCGCAAACUGUUAUUGUGCACCAGCACAUGGUGCAUCAGAAACUAUUCCAACUCCCUGCAUCUCACUCCAUCCCGAUCACCAACCACAGCUCAGCCCAUGAUGUCAGGAUGAGGCUCACAGAGCUGGAUGCAAGUCUGAACUCUGAGGUUGUUCUAUUCAGUCUAUUGUUCUAUUCAGAAAGAAAUGAUCGUAUGGGUAGCAGUUUGAAUUGAAUUAUUAGGUGAGUGUAGCAAAGCAGUCUUGACUGCUCUAACGCGUGCAGGUACUCUGGAGCCGUUUCUCGUUCAGUGGGGUCAACAAGUUCAUGUCUGAUUCACAUUUACCUGUUUUAUGCAUUCUUUUUUUGGAGGGUGUGAUGUUUCAUAAAUAAAAAUGAAAGACAAGUUUGUCUGAA